UAGAUGUCGUUCAAUUUUAUGCAGAGUUAUAGAUCAUGAUAGGUGUUUCUGGUUCUGGCAGAUAACUAAAGCAGUCUAAUUGUGAGUUGAUGGAUAAAUUAGGUGUAUGCCUGGCUAAAUAGAUGAGAACAGAGAGCAUGAGUCAUAACUUGGCAAUAUUUCUGAGGUGGAAGAAUGCUGUUCUACAAACAUUGGAAAUUUUAUUUUCAAAGGACAGAUUUGUGUCAAAUAUAACACCCAAGUUCUUUGCUGUAGAAGAUGACGUAACAGUACAUCCAACCCUACCUAGGUGGACAUGGAGUCCAUGAUUUUGGGGGAGUGACACAACUUAACCAGGUACAAGCAACUGACAACACUGUACACAAACUCCCAUGGCUGCUACAGCCAGUAGCAGGACUGGAACUUCUAGAGCAGGCUGGGUCGCUUUUUCAGAUGAGGGGUCACAGACAGAUGAGGACAGCCUCCAGCCCUCCUUAGACCAGCUUGUGGUGGACUCCUCAACCUGGGCAGAGGAACCAUAUGUGCCAGCCCAGAAGCCAGAGCAGCAGACUUCCUGGGUCCAGUUUGAUGAUAAACCAUGGUCUCACUCUCCUCCUCCCCCAACGCAGGUAAAAGGCCCCAGGCAUAGUGUUUGCUCUUCGGCCAGCUUCUGGAGCAAUGUUCCCCCGUCAGAGAGCAGCUGGACCACCCAAUCAGAGGAGCAGAGCUCUGUGAGCAUGGGGGCGUCCUCCUGUGACCUGCCCUCUCUUAACACAGAAGAGCUGCCAAGUCAAACACCCUCCUGCCCGCACUCUCCCAAUUCCUCUGUAUGCCAAGAGGAUGAAGGAAUAACCAUGGGUUCUUUCAACUGGACAACCAACAACCAGCAAACUAAUGGCCAAUCAUAUGCUACCUGCAACCGCUUUGCUAGCUGGGUUACUUUUGAUGAUGAUGAAGACAAUGUUUUCCAGCCUCCAGGGAGGCUGUCUAAAAUAAAACUAGACAACCUGAACAAUUCUGCACUUCAGGAUGCCAACAGCAACCUGAUUUCCUCUUCCUUUUGCAACCGGGUGACCGAGAGACAUAUCCUGGACUUGACCCCAGAUGGCACCAAUUCUGUUUUUGCCUUUGAAAGCACUCUGAACAACAGCGCCCCUUACAACAAGAAGAACCCAUUCCUGGAUGAUGAAUUCUCCAACCUUCAACUAUCCCCUAUUAACCCUUUCAGUGCCUACUUUGACAAAACAGAGCUGAAAACGUCUCAAAACUUUGGCCUGUGCCCAGAGACACCUGAUUUCUCAACCCUCAGUUCACCAUUCUUUGGGUAUCAAGAUGCUGAUAUCAAAAGGGAAUCUAUCGUUCUUUUCUCAGCACAGAAGAACUCUGCGAGUGGAAAUGAAACAGUCCCAUCUGGCCCUCCUGAAGAUGGUCUGGAUCAGCUCAGGAAAAUACAAAUCUCUGACCCUGACUGUGAUGAUAGUCCCACCCUACCAGAUGAUACUGUGGAUGCAGAAGAUUCUGAUGAAUCCAUCUAUGAACCAGACCACAUGAUUCCUCUGGAAGGGUGGCCCAUGCUCCUACGCAUCCCAGAAAAGAAGAACAUCAUGUCCUCACGUCACUGGGGACCAAUUUUUGUCAGGUUGACGAACAGCGGCCAGCUGCAGCUCUUCUAUGAGAAAGGGCUUGACAAGCCAUUCAAAGAGUUCCAGCUGAACUCCCAGCAUGAGAUAUCUGAAUCCAAGCUCCAGAACUAUGAUGAGAAUGGCCACGUACAUACCGUUAGUGUAGACCAUGUGGUUUAUAAGGAGAAGAGGAAGAUCCAACCCAAGGUCACGGUAGUUCAUUUGCCUGUCAAAGAGCAAUUGGUAAAGCUUGGGACCACAAACUACCAGGACUUCUUGAGUUUUCGUCACACCCUGCAGGAGACCCUUGUGGGUCUCUCUGUAGAUAAAGAAGGCCUCAGCUGGCCUACAACUUACAUGGAGGAGGAGAUCUACAUGGAGGUGAGAGAUAACUUCUAUGGAAUUCUCUCCAAGGGGGACAGUCGUAUCUUGGAGCAGUUGGUUUUGACCCGAGUAAACAUGCUAGCCUUUUUGAAUGGCUCUCCACUGUGCAGUAUUGGCCUCAAUGAUGUCCAAGUCAAAGGUAAAGAAGUGGUUUCUCGGCAUGACAUAAUUCCCAACACAACGUCACGUUGGAUUCGCCUACGGAACUGUCGACUGCAUGAUUGUGCAGAUCACUCAGAGUUUGCAAUGUCUGGAGCCAUUACUUUUAGUCCACCAGUUGGCCGUCGCUUUGAACUUUUGCGUUUUCGCACAGCGUUUGCAGAAAAAACCCUUCCCUUCACUCUGAGAACAGUCGCUAGCGUCAAGGGCGCGGAAGUGGAGGUGCAGUCCUGGCUGGUGAUGUCAACAGGUUUCACAUCCAAUCGAGAUCCUUUGACGUUGAUACCAUGUGAGAAUGUUGCAAUCCGUUACCCCAUACCUGAAAUUUGGGCGAAGAACUUUAGGCGGGAGAGUGUGACAGGUGAGAAGUCCCUCAAGGCUCGCUUCAAUAAAGGAGCCAGCUUUGGUUCAGCCAGCACGUCAGGAUCAGAACCAGUCAUGAGGGUCACGCUCGGCAAUGCGAAAUAUGAACAGGCCUUUAAGUCUGUCGUGUGGAGGAUCAGUCGCCUGCCAGACAAGAACACAGGGCUGGGGCACCCUCAUACCUUCUUCUGUCGUUUGGAGCUAGGCUCAGACUGGGAGGUGCCUCCUAAGUUUCACUGCCAGGUGGAGGUGGAGUUUGAUAUGCCCUCUGCCUCUGCAUCUAAAGCCACUGUUCGAUCUCUGUCUGUGGGGGACAAAACUGACUUGAAAAAAUGGAUCACCUACAAAUCGCAUUACUCCUAUCAGGUGGCAGUAGAGCUGAAAAAUGAAAACAGAAUGGACAGCCCUCAAGAUGAGCAGCCAGGAGAGUGCUGUCAACAGUGAGGAAGAGCCUUUUUACUCCCAGGAAAAGAGAAAGUUAUACAGGUUGCACUUUGUUGAACGGAUAUUUAGUUUACAUCUCAUGCAUAUUUGGAAUUUUUUUUUUGCAAAGAUUUGGUGUAUUAUUGAAAUGAAAUGAAAGAGUAUGUCCAGUAGGAAUGAUAUGCACAAAAGAAAAACGUACUGCAUGAAUGUUCUAGAUCUCUACAUGCUUUGCAUGUCCAGAUAUGUUAAGAAUGUAAUUUACUAUUGCAGCAAAUUUUUAGGUCUUAUCAGAACUUUUAUUUUAAGAACAUGGAAAUAUUGCACAGCCCAGUCUUACACACCUAGUGAAAAAAACUCUGUGAUCAUUGAGGGAUAAAAUCCUUAAAUCUUCGCCAAAAACAUUGCAGUUGUCACGUUUUGUCUUAAAUGCAGAAAUAACAGAAUUGUAAAUUUUUUCUGUAUAUUUUGGCCUAUGAUAGAAAGAGUAAUUUGUGUAGAGUUUCUGGGUUAAUUUUCUUGCUAUUUAACUUUGUACAGGGGAUAAUGAGGGACUCCUUAACUAACACAUUUCAGAGCUUGUUUUAUUUUACAAAUAUACAAAUAAGUAAAUGUCUUUUAGUCACUAGUUUCUACUUAAACCAAGAAUGUUAGUAUUACAGCAAAAGGUACCAGUAAUGCAAAAUGUUUACCUUAGAUUUGUGUUUGUUAUGAGUUUGAUUUGUAUUUAAAUUUUAUUUGCAGCCAUUAUUGUUUUUUGUUUUUUUUAAAUAGAGCAGCACAAUUAUAGCAUUUGCAUUCAAUUCAGAUUUAAAUGUUUGCAAAUGAGGCCCAUUUGUUAGUAGCUGCUCAGUUAAACUCUUAAAGCAGGAUUUUGCUCUAAACAUAGGUGGAGGUUUCAGUUAGGGAAAUAAAUCAUGAAAUAAUAUAGCCUGUACUUUGCACAUCUUGAUGAGUGUAAAACACUGAAUAUGUUUAACAUUUAAAGGGAUGGUUCCCCCAAAAUAAACAUUGUCAUAAUUUACUCACCCUCAUGUUGUUCCACAACCUUACCAACUUUCUUUCUUCAGUGGAACACAAAAGGAGAUGUUACUUUAGUCUGAAUAUAAGACUGACAGCCUUAGUCACCUUUUUUUGCAUACAGUGAAAGUGAAUGGUGACUGAGGCUAACAAUUUGCCUAACAUCAUCUGUGUUCCACAAAAGAAAGAAAGGCAUACAGGCUUGGAACAACAUAAGAGUGAGUGAAUUACGAUGUGACAUAAUUUGAAAGCGGAGACUUUGUGUUACCAAAAAAAAAAAAAAAAAAAACACAAAA